AUGCCUGCACUCACUCUGUGCCUCCUGUGGGCUCUGGCAGCAGUGGCCCAGCCUGCCCCAGUGGCCCCCAUGGGUGGCCUGGAGCCGGCACAGCAUGAGGAACUGACCCUGCUCUUCCACGGGGCCCUGCAGCUGGGCCAGGCCCUCAACGGCGUGUACAAGACCACGGAGGCCCGACUGACAGAGGCCGGGCAGAGCCUGGGCCUCUAUGGCCAAGCACUGGGGCUCUUGGGACUACAAGUCAGCCAGGGCCGGGACGCAGCUCAGGAACUUCGCACAAGCUUGCUGGAGAUACAGCUAGAGGAGGAUGAUCUGCAGCUGCAGGCAGAGGCCACAGCCCAGGUGCUAACGGAGGUGGCCCAGGCCCAGCGGGUACUGCGGGACAGCGUGCAACGACUGGAAGCCCAGCUGCAGGGUGCCUGGCUAGGCCAUGCCCGCCAAGAAUUUGAGGCCUUAAAGGCUCACGCUGACAAGCAGAGCCACUUCCUAUGGGCCCUCACGGGACACGUGCAGCGACAGAGGCAGGAGAUGGCAGCUCAGCAACACUGGCUGCGGCGGAUCCAGGAGAGACUCCACACGGCGGCACUUCCAGCCUGA